GUUGUUUUUUGCAGAGAACAGCUUUGCAGAGAUUCACAGAGGGACCUCUCUCUUGUUUGUUUUCUCUCUGUCUUGUUAUUUUUAACCUAGCGCUUUUAAAAAAAAAAAAAAUAGACCCCAAUUUUUCUCAACCCAGUAUCGGAUUUAAACCCCAGCGCAUUUUCAUUAUGCCACUUCUUUUCAGAAUAAACUGCUUUUAUCGCAAUUUGUCACCAGAGUACCUUCGUCUUUUUGUCGCCCACGGCGAAUUUAGCCCAGAUCUGACCCAGGUUUAGUGUUUUUGCCUUCACAGCAUCCCAUGUGUUAGUGCGAGCCGUCAGUGGAUAUGUUUUCGGCAGGAGAGGAGGUUAAUUCCCAUUUGUUUACCUCACUGAGGGAGUCCCAUGGAGCUGCAAUCUCCCCAACACUGGAGCUCAGUCUAACUACCAUCUACACCGUCCUCUACUCUUUCCUGUUUGUUUUCGUUUACCUGCAGCUCUGGCUCAUUUUGCACUACGGACACAAGCGCUUCAGCUACCAGAGUGUGUUUUUGUUCCUGUGUUUGCUGUGGGCAGCGCUGAGGACGACCCUCUUCUCUUUUUACUUUAAAAAUGUGGUGCAGGCCAACCAGCUGCAGCCUCUGGCCUACUGGCUGCUCUACUGCUGCCCCGUCUGCCUGCAGUUCUUCACACUUUGCCUACUCAACCUCUACUUCAUACAGGUGAUGUUUAAGGCUAAAGCCAAAUAUUCACCAGAGCUCACCAAAUACAAGGUUCCUCUGCGUUUGCUCUUCCUGUGUCUCAGUAUAUUUUUCCUGGUGGUAAAUUUAACUUGUGCAUUGUUUGUACAAGGAGCUCUGGAGCACUCUGAUUCACCGAGUGAUGGGGGUAUCAGACAUGCAGUCCUGGCCCGGGUCUUGAUCAACGACAGUCUCUUUGUCCUGUGUGCUGUUUCUCUGGCUGUCUGCAUCUUUAAGAUUGCCAAGAUGUCCUCUGCCAACGUUUACCUUGAAUCCAAGGGAACAUCGGUGUGCCAAGCCACAGCCAUAGGAGCCGUGGUGAUUUUGCUCUACACAUCCCGAGCCUGUUAUAACCUGGUGGUGGUGGCCCUCUCACCGCAGGAUAGACCCAGUCCCUUCAACUACGGCUGGUACAGCGUUUCUGAUCAGGCUGAUGUGCAGGAGAUCAGCGGCGAAGCCUACAUCGCGUUUGGUAUAAUUCUGUUUUUCUGGGAGCUGCUACCUACAAGCUUAGUGGUGGUUUUCUUCAGAGUCCAGAGACCAAACCAAAACCUGGCUCCAGGAGGGAUGAUCAACAGCCACAGUUUCAGCUCCAGAGCUUAUUUCUUUGACAACCCUCGACGGUAUGAUAGUGAUGAUGACCUUUCCAGAAGCAUUAAUAGUAGGACAGAUCGGGCCAGUCUCCUCUCCACCACUCCCCAGCUGGGUGCGUCCACUUGGUAUGGCUCCAUCCAACCCAGCGCAACUCUGACAGCGGGUGUUGCGUCCACCCAGCAACCGCCGUCUUCCACGGCCCCCCUCCUUUUCGCCUAUGGAAACAUACAGGGUCACCAUCACCACCAUCACAACUACUACUCCACACCGCAGAACAACUACCACCAUCAUCAUCACAGUAACUACUAUUCCACGCCACAGAAUUAUUACUGCGGGUCGCAAAAUUAUUUCUGCACCCCACAGAAUUAAGCAGGGUCCAUCGUAAAGAUUGAAAAAGACUGACUAAUAACUAACAAUGUCCUGUCACCAUUUUGCUUCCCUAGAUACAUAAAAUCAGGUGCUUUUAAGUGAAAUUCUGAGGUAUUGCUCUGGACCAGGCUGGGCUUCAAAAUGGAUUCACUUAACUAUUCGGGAGGAAUGUGGUGGUAUCAGCAACUGGAAAGUUGUUGUGCCACGACUAACUGCUUGUUUUGGGGGUUUUUUUUUUAGACAUCAACGUCUUUAAAUGGCUAUAUGGACAUAGAAUGAAAGCAAGUGCAGGCUAGACCACAGGUUUAGCACUAAUAUGGCUAAUACACCUAAAACUGCAAAGACCAAACUUGUUCUGUCAAAUGUUUUGGUCAGAUUAUCAUUUCUGAGACUGGAAUUAUCAGGGACUAGAUAAUCAACACUCAUCAUCCUUUCCCCCUUUUCCUUGUAAAUUAUAUCCAAAUGUGCUCCUAUCAAAUGUACCAUUCUGCUCAGAAAGGAGCUAUGUAGCUGGCUUAUCAAGCUAACGUGGCUAACCCUAAGCUGCAGUGGUCUGAUAGUCAACAGCUCUGGACGUUAUAUUCACUCAGCUUGGGCGGUGUGGUUGUGUUUAAUGGGCACCUAUAUGAUACAAUCUUUUUCAUUUGCAUUAAAAAAGGGUCAUUUAAGCUGGAAAAGAACAGUGACGGAUGCUGGUCUGUUAGCCUGAUCCUCAAAAAGGCUUUUCUGACAAUAUAAAACAAAUGAUAUGCAUCUACAAAGGGCAUGUCAUGCCGUUUCUCACUUUUAGGUCUGGUUACAUACGACAGGAAUUAGCUGUUGCUAAUUUGCCAUUAGAUGAUGUAGCAGUGAGAGCUAGUCAAUGCUAACAGUUAGCUUAAACUCAACCUGUUUAACCAAGAAGAUUCUCAGCGACCUAGCAAAACAAUACAAUAAGCUAAUAAAACUUAACCCAUCACAGACUUGGUAAUAUUAUUUUAAUGUCAAACAGUGAUUGUUAAUUUCGGUGCCACAAAAAUAUAAAGUUGUAAAAACACAGUUAGCGAGCUUGAGACUGUAGGCAGUCACCUUAGUGGAUUCUUGUUUAGUUUGACAAUGUUCAUAACUAACAGAAAUUCAAAAUACUGGUCAGUUUAUCUUCACAAAUAUCAUCCAUGUAAAAUGCUUACAAUUUAUAUGUAGCUGCCAUAUGGGUGUUCUCUCUUAAUAGCACAAGCUUGUACAAGUGUGUAAAAAAUGUAACAUCAAACAAAUUAAUUAGGGGUGGAGGUGACUUUAAUAAUGACUCCGGCGUUAACAAAAUCUGCUCUGUUGCAAUUCCACUGCAAAUCUAGGUUACCCACAAUUAUACAAUGGAAACUAUGUGAAAAUGUAAGACAGGAGUGCCAUGCACUGUCAAGUUGUUGAAUGUUAAAAACAUAUCACAGAUUUAAUUGCAGUAGCAUUAUCAGUAUCAUUUGAACAUGUGGAUAUACAGUAUGACAGAUCAAAGGAACAGUAUGUAUUCUACAUUCAACAUGGGAGUAGAAAUCUGCCCUAGGAUUGUUCAUUAACAGGGUGGAAGUCUCUAAAACGUACUUUUGACCAAAAACAUUUUGUGGAAUCUAAUCCUAUCGGAGCUGUGAGGCAACAAUUUGCACUUAGAAGACAGUCACCUUGAGAGGAAAGGCUUUGGGCCUGAAUGUAGGAUUUCAUCUCCUACUUGUUUUAUGUAUUUUCUUCAGUAAUCGUCUGUAUUAUAUAUUUUGCUAUUUAUCCUUUCAGAAAGGAAAUAUCAAUGUGCCAUCACAUUUUGUCAUAUCUAACAGUUUCAUUCCUUAAGAAAAAUAUAUUUUUGCACAAGAAAUGGUUGGAUGGUGUAUGUUUGAUUGUUUGAGUGUCUCCAAGUUAAUCAAUUUCUAAUCCAUGUGUGUUAAGUGACAUCUUGAGUCGAUGUGUGUGUGAGAUCUUAGAUUUUUGUUUUUGAAGUUUAAUAUGUUUUUAUACAUCUUUUUUUAUUUUACAUUAAUUUUUGUUUGAUUUUCCUUUCCCCCCCCCCCCACUUUCCCUCUCUCCUAUCGUUUUUCAUAAUCUCCUGAUAGACUGCAGCCUGUAAGCAAUAUUUCACUUUGAUGGAACAUUUUCAUAUAUGCCAAAAUCAGUGUAUCUGUGCUAACUAAGUUUGUCAGCUGUCAUGAAACUCAAUCUGUAAAUGACAAUGUAAAGUUUGACAUCAUACAUGAAAACAAAACAAAAAAAAAAAACAAGUUUCACAGGACACUUUCAAAAAUAGUAAUGAAAAUGAAGUUAUCAGUGUUCAGCUGCUUGCCAAUUUCAGAAGAAUUAACAUCUACUGUGCAUGCUUCUGCAUCAGAGUGCAAGAACUCAGUGUCAUAUUUUCUUUCCAUUGUGAUAUUAUUUGUGUAUUUGCUCUAUCUGCUUAAAAAAAAAAAAGGCAGUGGUACUUGUUUUAUUAAUUGUUUUAUCCGUGGCCAUACUGAAUGUAACCUAUCGUACAACAGAUCACUAAUGAUGUAUGCAAGAAAAGCACUACCAUGUUUAAAUAAAGGCCUACUGCACUGUU